UGAGUCCAAAAGCAUGAGCCGAGCACCGCCAGCUGCAGAAGCGUCCGUCAAGUGCGUCCUGGUGGGCGACAGCGCGGUAGGAAAGACGGCCCUCCUGGUCAGGUUCGCCUCGGGCGCCUUCCCGGACGACUACCGGCCAACCGUUUUUGACAACACGGGGUUGGAGUUCCACAUGGAUGGCGCUCUAGUCCAACUGGGCCUGUGGGACACGGCGGGACACGACAACUUCAGAGCCAUCCGACCCAGAUCCUACCAGCAGGCCGACGUGGUGCUGGUGUGUUUCUCCGUGGCCAACCCCACCUCCCUGGCCAGCGUGUGCACCAAGUGGAUGGCGGAGGUGCGCCAACACCUGCCGGACGUGCCCGUGCUGGUGGUGGCCAACCAGACGGACCUGCGGGAGUCGGGGACGCGCCGGGGCGGCUGCGUUUCGGCGGCGGAGGGCAAGCGCGUGGCUCACAGCCUGCACGCCAAAGGCUACCUGGAGUGUUCGUCUCUGAGCAACCGAGGCGUGGCCGAGGUGUUCCAGUGCGCCGUACGGACCGCCAUCAGCCACGGCAGGAAGCAGGCCAGGCGGCGAAUGUUUAGCAUCAACAAGUGCAAAGUCUUUUAACCUCGCGCAUUUAACCUUAUACAAUCUUCUUUUGUGCCUUAAAGGACCAUAGAGUGUUUAU